AUUUAAAGAAAACCAUUUAUCUCUUCUUUUACACUCAUUGUUUAUCAUUUGGCUUUUCGUAUAUUAUAACGUCGUGCAAAAGCUAGUGUCACUCACUGGUUUAGAGAGAGAGAGAGAGCUGAACUGUCUGUUUCCUCUACGCAGCUAGCCAGCAAGAGAGGACUUCUGUAAUAUAAGAAAGGAGGAAUAGGAUUAGGAUAAGGGCCUCUGAAUAGAGGAGAUUAGUUUCUGUGGACAUGGCAGUUCGGAGACUCUCCUCCUUACUCUCUCGCGCUCUCUCUUCUGCUUCUUCUUCUAAGCUUCUUUCUCAAGGGAGAAGUGUCAGCAGGUUUAGCAGUACUGCUGCAGCAAGUGAAGAGUUGAUCACCCCACCUGUUCAUAUUGAACACACUAAGCUUCUAAUCAAUGGCCAGUUUGUUGAUUCUGCAUCAGGAAAAACAUUUCCAACCUACGAUCCUCGCACAGGAGAAGUAAUUGCUCAUGUGGCGGAGGGUGAUGCAGAAGAUAUUAAUCGUGCAGUAGCUGCUGCUAGAAAGGCUUUUGAUGAGGGACCAUGGCCCAAGAUGUCCGCUUAUGAAAGGUCACGGAUACUAUUACGAUUUGCUGAUUUGGUUGAGAAACACAGUGAAGAGCUUGCAGCUCUUGAGACAUGGAACAAUGGCAAACCUUUUGUGCAGGCUUCCCAAGCCGAAUUGCCAAUGGUGGUCCGUUUGUUGCACUACUAUGCUGGAUGGGCAGACAAAAUCCAUGGGCUAACUGUUCCAGCUGAUGGACCUUAUCAUGUGCAAACGCUGCACGAACCAAUCGGUGUUGCAGGACAGAUUAUUCCAUGGAACUUUCCUCUUCUCAUGUUUGUCUGGAAAGUUGGGCCUGCACUGGCAUGUGGUAAUACUAUUGUCCUAAAAAGUGCAGAGCAGACGCCUCUCACUGCCCUCUAUGUGGCAAAGCUAUUCCAAGAGGCCGGUCUUCCUCCUGGUGUUUUAAAUGUAGUUUCCGGUUAUGGCCCAACUGCUGGUGCUGCUCUUGCCAGUCAUAUGGAUGUGGACAAGGUAGCUUUUACUGGAUCAACUGACACUGGUAAGAUUAUUCUUGAACUGGCUGCAAAAAGCAAUCUUAAGUCAGUAACAUUAGAGCUCGGAGGGAAGUCACCUUUCAUAAUAUGCAAGGAUGCUGACAUUGAUCAUGCUGUAGAGCUUGCACACUUUGCUCUCUUCUUUAAUCAGGGGCAAUGCUGCUGUGCUGGGUCUCGUACAUUUGUACAUGAGCAUGUAUAUGAUGAGUUUUUGGAAAAAGCAAAGGCUCGUGCUUUGAAACGUACUGUUGGUGAUCCCUUCAAGAAGGGUAUCGAACAAGGUCCCCAGAUUGACUCAGAGCAGUUUCAGAAGGUUCUUAAAUACAUAAAAUCUGGUGUUGAAAGUGAUGCUACACUUGAAUGUGGAGGUGAAAGAUUUGGCUCCAAAGGCUACUUCAUCCAGCCUACUGUAUUCUCAAAUGUCCAGGAUGACAUGUUGAUUGCACAAGAUGAGAUCUUUGGCCCCGUGCAAUCAAUUUUGAAAUUCAAGGAAAUUGAUGAAGUAGUACGAAGAGCUAAUUCAACGCGCUUUGGACUUGCUGCUGGGGUUUUCACCAAAAACAUUGACACUGCCAACACCUUGACACGGGCGUUGAGGGCUGGGACAGUGUGGGUGAAUUGCUUCGAUGUGUUUGAUGCUGCGAUUCCUUUUGGUGGCUACAAGAUGAGUGGAAUAGGUAGAGAAAAGGGAAUCUACAGUCUUCAUAACUACUUGCAGGUCAAGGCUGUUGUUACUCCUUUGAAGAAUCCAGCAUGGUUGUAAACCUCUCAAAGGGCUGUGUGAUUUAUCUGCUUUUAAUAAAUAAAGUAGCCUGUCUGUAAAGGAUUUUGUGAUUUCAAAUUUUACUAAUACUGAUAUACUGUCUUGUUAUCUGGCAUCUUGGAGCAUGCAGAAGUAAUUGAACCACUCUCUAGUCUUAUCUGAAGGUAAAGCAAAAGCCUUCAGACACGAUUGAUGCUGAUAAAGAUUAAC